UUUCUUUGCCGUCUUUUCUCUCCCCCAGCAGCUCUUGUGUGCGGGGUGAAGAGUGGAUCCUUUCCGGGGGCAAAGGUUGUGAUGUGCAGGUUUCCUAACUGCUAGGCACUUUCUCUUCCUAGUAAUAGUUUGUAGGACGCUGAGAGCGGCUUCUAGAGAUGGAUGAGGACGGGUUACCCCUCGUAGGCUCCGGCAUCGAUUUGACGAAGGUUCCAGCCAUACAGCAGAAAAGGACAGUGGCCUUUCUAAACCAAUUUGUGGUUCACACAGUUCAGUUUCUUAACAGAUUUUCUACAGUUUGUGAAGAGAAAUUGUUGGCUCUCUCCCUCCGAAUUCAGCAAAUUGAAACAAUGCUCAACAUUCUAGAUGCGAAGUUGUCUUCUAUACCAGGGCUAGAAGACGUCAAGUGUGAAGUAGCCAAUGCCAGUGUCAACAGUGUUAUGAAUGGCCCCAUCUCACAAGCCUCAACAGAUCCGCAGUCAACAAAUGUUUCUCCUCAGUCAGAGCAGGACAGUGCGCAUGAGGCAGGGCAGCUGAAGUCAGAAGGCACAGCUGAGAACGUGAUAACUGUAGCAAAGGAUCCACGCUAUGCCAGAUAUCUCAAAAUGGUUCAAGUGGGCGUUCCUGUAAUGGCAAUAAGAAACAAAAUGGUCUCUGAAGGAUUAAACCCUGAUCUUCUUGAGACACCAGAUGCUGCAGUACCUGCAUGGGGAGGCGAGGCAGACGCAGAAGAAAGUUCUGAUAGCGAAUCCUCUUUUAGUGACUAAGUGCUGAUUACUUUUGAAAACUCUUUGCAAACUCUUUGUAAGUGCUGAUAAUCACAACUUAACCUGAAAGAUUCCUCAUAGUUUGAGCCACAUGAAGUAUUGCUUAAAAAACAGUUACUUUGCACUGGGACCUUUGUGUUUGUCUUCCACAAAUUUUUAAAUGAAAGCCCAGCCAAACCAGAAGUGAGACAGUCACGAUGUGCUUUUCCUAAUGAUGCUAUGGCCUAAGAGGUUCAGAGUAAAACUUGGCAGGGGUGAAGCCUUGCAUUUCCUAAAGAAAUGGCAUUCUCUGAAGUUUCUUUGGACUUAACUUUCAGAAAGGAAUCUUUCCCAUUAGCUGUCUACUGUAUUCACAUUUGAGCUUCCUCUGAGUGAUUCCUAGGUUCUUAUAUUGCAUUUUUUAUCUACCCGUAUUGAAUAAUUCACAGUCUAAUUAUAUUGUGGUAAAAAUAACAAAUACUCUUACAUGAUCCAAUAAUCGAAGAGUUGGGAGUGGAAAAGGGAUGGCACAAGGAGAGGGGAUGAUAUUUGUUCUUUGAAAUGAGUGGAUGUGUGUCAUGGUAGCAAACUGUGACAUAAUGCUUCUGGACUACUGCCCUUUUUUGUUUAGAUGGGUGCCCCACAGCACCAUGCCAGGUGCCCGACAAUUGCACUAUGGAUGAGAGGCAGCAGCCCCUUUCCAGCCAUGCUCUUCUCACAACGUGUUUUUCUGUGAGAGCACGGUAUGGAAAUCUUAGUCUUAUGACACCAGAAAGUUGCAAAUUGCUCCACUAGUUGCCAGUUAUUGAUGCAGAAUGAAGGAAGUACGUCUGAGCUACUUUGGCAAAUAAAACUCUAAAGAAAUUUAUUUUCCUAGAAGGUUUGGUGUAAUGCAAUAGCAAAUAUUCCCUAUACUUGUGAUUGAAGGAUGGUACCAACCGAGCUGGAAAAUGCCUUCCAUUUGCUCAAGUGAAACAGGGUGGGUUUAUGCUGGGUAUCCAGUCGAUGUCCUGAAAAGUGGUUUCAGGAAAGUAACCUCUUUCAUAGCUGGAUCUAUUUUAAAAGAGAUGAAUUGCCUUAUAGAGAGAUCUAGUUGAAAAAUUGACCUGUUUUAAGUAAAAUCUGGCUAUCUAAAUCAAAACACAACCCCCCUAUGUGUGUGGAUGCAAUACAUUUCUAUUCAGCAGAUCUUUUUGCUCUGGUAAAGUUGAGGAUAAGACUGCUUGGCAAAUUUUGCCAUGGUUUGUUUACAGACUACUUUACAUAUUACAGAUUAAAAGUGUUCUCAAGGUGUACAUUAAGUACAUGGUUGCACAUAUGAAGCAGUAUGGUACUUUGGAUCCAUCACAAUUGCUCAUCAGGGAGCUGUAGCUGGCUGUGGUUUUUCACCAUGGAGUAAAGAGAUACAUGUAGCCUGAUCAAGUGAUGGUGUGACAUUAAUCCUGAAUCUGUGAGGUGGCUCUCUGAACAUUUCUUCCAAAAAAGCUCCAGUAAUCAAGCUGAUAUUAAUAUAUUCUCACUCUGCUAUUUUGAAUUUGCUGUGCACGUGCUAAUUACAUGUCAUUUGCACAACCAAAGCUGGAAUGGCUCUUGCAAAUCAGAUUUGAAGUCGGCAGUCGUGCAAUUUUCUGACUGGAUCAAGAAUUUCCAGUUUACUCUCAAAAACAACAGGAGAUCAUAGAUACACAUAUCUGGAAUUUCAGCCUAUUUUUCUUUCUUUUUUACUGACUUGCUUUUCAGCAAAAUUCUCAACUAGUGUCUGUCAGCAGUAAACCAUUUCAAGUUGUUAAAUGCUUGUUAACAUGCUGCCUAACAACACAUUAUUGUAUGUUACUGCACUUAAUCCGGUAUGUCUGAGGGGGGGGAUGCCUGGAUUUGUAAUUAAAAUUAUGUAUUUGUAAA